AAGUUUGAAUAUACGAUGAGACAUAAAUUAAGGGUCCGAGGGAGUACUUCAAGUGUCCUAAAAUAGUGUUUAGUCCAAUCUCACUACAUUAUUACUUCUCUCUUUCAUUGGAUUUUGUCUUUUUUUUUUAUUUUUUUUUUUUUUUAUUUUUUACUCAAAAAGAUAAUUUUUAAAAUACAUAAUUGAAGAUAUUAUUAGUGAUCAUGAAGAGGGAAAAGAUAAAGUGUAACCAUUAUAUGAACACAGAUGAAUUAUUUAAAGACAUAUUGCAAAAUUAUAAGUUGUUCGAUGAUUAUUAAUCCUAGUUAUUUCAAAUGCUUUGUACUGCAUUAAAACUGAUAGUUUCUACGGAGUAGUUUUUUUUUUUUUUUGGUAUUUAAAGAGCCAUAAGGGCGGGGUGAAAAUCGAUCCUAGUAUCUCUUGGAAUCGGGAAAAAAGCUCUAACCAGUUGAGCUAUACCUCACUCUCUACGGAGUAGUUUAUUGUAAACUCUUAGAACUACAUCUAUUAUUUUCCAUAAUCAUGGUAAUUGAUCACUCCCUCAUCAUCAAAUCAUAGAAGGGACAGAAAAUAUUCUAGUUCAUAGCAUAUGUACAAAAUCAUGGAGCCCACAAAAAGGAUGCGCGCAGCUUCAUGUGUACUCCCUACAAAUUCGUUAUAGGGUUUCAGGGAUACGACCUUAAUAAUGCAACCGUUGUAUAUUUUAUGUGGUGCGACAAAUAGGAAUCUAUCAUAAGUAGCAUGGCCUUUCUUCUUACAUUUAUUCUAUAAAUAAGUGAAGAUAUGUUAGAUAUCACAAGGUCUCCCUACAAUAAUACAAAACACAAUCUUCUUGCCUUUUCCUUCAAACCUCCCCUGAAAAAAUAUAUAGACAAUAUAGUAUAAUAAAGUUGCUGAGUUUUCUCUCAAUUAUUUUCACUCAAAAAAAAAAAACAUAGAAAUGUUUCCUUUCCAAAGAUCUGGUGAGCUUUCCUUCCAAACCACUGAAUUUGUUGCGGAGGAAGAACAAAUAGAUGCGGAGAAUCAGAUUUAUUGGUUGGAUGGUGCACCGUUAAACAUAGAAGGAAAUAUGAACACAGCAAAUGUCAGCCUUGGCCCUAGUAAUAAUAGAGGAAGAAGUCGAGGUCGAGGUCGGGGCCGAGGUCGAGUAUCCUCUAACAAUACUAGUAAUUAUAAUGAUAAUGAUGAUGAGCAGAAGAAGGCUAUUCACAAAGAAGUUGAGCGACAAAGAAGAUUGGAAAUGUCUAACCUUUAUUCUUCACUCCGUUCUACCCUUCCUCCGGAAUAUGUUAAGGGAAAGAGGUCUACAAGUGAUCACUUAGCUGAAGCAGUGAAUUACAUCAAAGACUUGGAAAAGAACAUACAAGAGCUUUCUGAUAAGAGAGAUCAGCUAAAAGCCGCCCCGGAAAGUCCUACUUCAACGUAUCAAGUGGGCAGUUCGAGUAAUCCAAGACCAUCCCUUGGAAGUGUAGAGAUAAAUCCAUGCCUAGGCGGACUCGAUAUAGACAUCAAUGCAGGCUAUGAAGACGAAAGUUUUACUCUAUCAAGUGCUCUCCAAGUGAUUUUUGAGGAAGGGCUUAGUGUUACUAGCUGCUCAUCAACCAAAGUUAACCAAAGAAUAAUUCAUAAGAUAGUAUGCGAGGUGACUGACGUAACAUGCAUAGAUUUCCAGCGGCUUCACCAGAGAUUGAUCAAUCUAGUUUUUUGAUCAAAUAAUCGGUCUUACCUUGCAUUUUCGUGUGUUGCUUCACCCUCAUCCAGGUUUUGCAUUCUUUAUUUCACCACUUGAUCUUUUUGAUGUUACACUGCCUGAAUUCUCACUGGAGAGAACUUCUAGUCAGUACUUAAACUAGUGUGUGAUCUUAUACAUAUUGAUAUAAUGAUAUGUUUAGGAGAAAUGUAUUAAUCCUUGGAGCCAUUGGAGGUGGAUAAAAAGUCCGAUAUAGGUGAACAAAAAAUGUAGUGGUUGUGGUAGUUUUUUGAAUGGAUACAUAUGGCUGUAUUUUGUAUCUCAUUUAACUACGGGAAUUUAUGUUUAUGGCGGUACUUUGGAUAAUCAUGGUGUUAUGCACUUGUACCUUGUAUGUAUUGGUGUUUGUAAAUGUAUGUAAUAUUAGAUGGGAGGUAAAAUGUAUGGUACUAGCUCUUGGAGAGUUAUCUACCAUUGCUAGCUUGUAUAUCUAUUAUCUAGUAGUGCAGCUUGUGCCAUAUGCUGUUUGAGCUUGCUUAGGGAUUCGUCUAUUAAUUAGUUGGUUGUAAUUUUGAUGUAUUAUUUUUAGGUUAAUUGAAUCAUAAUGUUUAUCCAACAAUAAUUCAUAUAUAUAUGUAACA